AUGUCACCGGCUCUCCCGCCCCUCAUGCGGUCUCCCGGGCACCUUCUGCCCCUCACGCGGUCGCCCGGGCACCUUCUGCCCCUCAUGGGGUCGCCCGGGCACCUUCUGCCCCUCAUGCAGUCGCCCGGGCACCUUCUGCUCCUCAUGCAGUCGCCCGGGCACCUUCUGCCCCUCAUGCGGUUGCCCGGGCACCUUCUGCCCCUCAUGGAGUCGCCCGGGCACCUUCUGCCCCUCAUGCGGUCGCCCGGGUACCUUCUGCCCCUCAUGCGGUCGCCCGGGCACCUUCUGCCCCUCAUGCGGUCGCCCGGGCACCUUCUGCCCCUCAUGCGGUCGCCCGGGCACCUUCUGCCCCUCAUGCGGUCGCCCGGGCACCUUCUGCCCCUCAUGCGGUCGCCCGGGCACCUUCUGCCCCUCAUGCGGUCGCCUGGGCACCUUCUGCCCCUCAUGCGGUCGCCCGGGCACCUUCUGCCCCUCAUGCGGUCGCCCGGGCACCUUCUGCCCCUCAUGCGGUCGCCCGGGCACCUUCUGCCCCACAUGCAGUCGCCCGAGCACCUUCUGCCCCUCAUGCGGUUGCCCGGGCACCUUCUGCCCCUCAUGGAGUCGCCCGGGCACCUUCUGCCCCUCAUGCGGUCGCCCGGGCACCUUCUGCCCCUCAUGCGGUCGCCCGGGCACCUUCUGCCCCUCAUGCGGUCGCCCGGGCACCUUCUGCCCCUCAUGCAGUCGCCCGGGCACCUUCUGCCCCUCAUGCGGUUGCCCGGGCACCUUCUGCCCCUCAUGGAGUCGCCCGGGCACCUUCUGCCCCUCCAGAUCCCGCACCGGCACCAACCACACUGA